AGAACCCCAGGCCAGGCAGUGGGUGCAGCCCGUGUGACCUCUCACCAUCCCAAAUAGCACCCUGACUCGCUCAGUCCAUGUCAGAGAAGGCCCCAGGAUGGGGAACGCCCAGAGGAGCAGGUACCCCAGGGGUGCAGGUACCCCAGGGGUGCGGGCUCCCCAGAGACGCAGGUGCUGGCAAGCUGGGACUGACAGGUGCUGUCCUGUCCCAGUGGAGGAGGAGGAGCCAUCUUUCUGGAACAGGCAAGCGGCUGCAGCCAUCGAGGCCGCUUUCAAUAUUCAGCCCAGGAUAAGCGAAGCCAAAAACCUCAUCCUCUUCCUUGGGGAUGGAUUUGGGAUCCCCACCAUCACAGCCACCCGCAUCCUAAAGGGGCAGGAGCAGGGAAAUCCGGGCCCUGAGACCCCACUCGCCCUGGAUGCUUUCCCUUAUGUAGCUCUUUCCAAGACAUACAACGUGGACCGGCAGGUCCCCGACAGCGCAGGGACGGCCACAGCCUACCUCUGCGGAGUGAAGGGCAACUACAAGACGGUGGGGCUGAGUGCGGCUGCCCGCUAUGAGCAGUGCAAGACCACUAUGGGCAAUGAGGUGAUCUCAGUGCUGGAGAGAGCCCGCAAAGCUGGGAAGGCAGUGGGCAUCGUGACGACGACGCGGGUGCAGCACGCAUCCCCCUCGGGGGCAUACGCCCAUGUGGUGAGCCGCGACUGGUAUGGAGAUGCCAGCAUGCCCCUGGAUGCCCGCAACGAGGGCUGCAAGGACAUCGCCUGGCAGCUGGUCCACAACGUUGACAUCAACGUCAUCUUGGGGGGUGGUCGGAAAUAUAUGACCCCCUUGGGGACACCGGACCCUGAGUAUCCCACCAACAGCAGAGGGAACGGGACGCGUGAGGAUGGAUAUAACCUCAUCAACAUGUGGCUGGACAAACGGCCGGGUGCCCGCUACGUCUGGAACAGGACAGAGAUGCUGGCUGCUGCUGCUGACCCCAAUGUGAAUUACUUGAUGGGUCUCUUUGAACCUGCAGACAUGAAGUACAGCCUGGUGCGUAACACCACCCUGGACCCAUCGCUCACUGAGAUGACAGAGGCGGCCAUCACCAUCCUGAGCAGGAACUCCAAUGGCUUCUACCUCUUUGUGGAAGAUAAGUUGGGACUUGUCUCCUGGGGUGGUAGGAUUGACCAAGGCCACCACGACGGUGAAGCCCAUAAGGCACUGACGGAAGCAGUGGAGUUCGACCGGGCCAUUGAGCGGGCAGGCAAACUGACAGACGAGGCGCAGACCCUCACUGUCGUCACUGCUGACCACUCACACGUCUUUUCUUUCGGUGGCUACACCCUGCGUGGCUCAUCCAUCUUCGGUCUGGCCCCCAGCAAAGCUGCUGACAAGAAGAGCUACACAUCCAUCCUCUAUGGGAAUGGGCCAGGCUACCCAGACCCUGAGCGACCCGACGUGGAUGAAAUCACAGCCAAUCAGUACAACUACUUGCAGCAAGCGGCUGUGCCCCUCGACUCUGAGACCCAUGGUGGUGAGGAUGUGGCCAUCCUGGCCAAGGGCCCCAUGGCCCACCUCUUCCACGGGGUGCAGGAGCAGACCUACGUGGCCCACGUCAUGGCCUAUGCUGCCUGCCUCGAGCCCUAUGUCAACUGCCGCCAGCGAGACUCUGCCCCCAGUGCCCGCGCCAGUGCCCUGGUCCUGCUCCUGCCCACCAUCCUCCUGCCCCUCUUCCACUGACCCCACAGCACCCAUGGGUGCUGCUGGACCAUGUCCCCAUCCGUCCCCCCGGCUACAGCAUCCAUAGGUGGAUAGUGGUGGUUUUGAUCAUCCUUGGUCUGGACGCAGCAAUUGUGGAGCAUCAAAUCCUGGGCACGGGGGAGUCCUACGCCACCCACAGUGUUAAAUAAACGUGGGGUGUUAUGUUGAUUGGA